AUGGCAUUGACAUCAUGGAAAGCGUUCAACUUUGUCGAUGUGACUCCGGUGAAAUUGCCGGAAGACAGUUCCGCAUUGUUCGGGACUGACUUGGCUAGUCUGUGUACCGGAUCUGCGAACUUGUUUGUCGGUACCGUCGAUGGGUUCGUGCAUAUCGUGUCCUCAUCGUUUCGAAUCCUCCGUUCGUUCAAAGCGCACGAUGCCGGGUCUAUUACGCAUAUGAAGCAGAUUGCCGGAACGUCGCUACUGGUCACAAUAGCGGAGGAUCUCCUAAACGAACCUGUUCUCAAAGUCUGGGCGCUUGAUACGGAAAAGAAAGAUGGAGGACCCAAGUGUUUGUCGACGGUGUCGGUUCAGAAUGCGAGGAGACAAUUUCCGAUAUCUGCGGUUGCAAUCGUCGACGAUCUCUCACAGGUCGCAGUCGGCUUCGCAAACGGAUCGGUGACCAUCAUUCGUGGCGACCUUAUUCACGAUCGCGGCGCACGACAGCGAAUCGUCUUUGAAUCGGAAGAACCCAUCACCGGCCUCGAAACGCAGAUUGGCGCAGUAAGCCUGCUUUAUAUCUCGACUACAAGCCGGAUUUUGACGCUCGUAAUCGCGGGUCGGGGGCAAGGUCAGCCCGCGCGAGUCUUGGAAGAUACUGGUUGCGCAUUGGGUUGCAUGACUCUUGAUCAAGAGACGGGCCAGAUUUUGAUCGCGAGAGAAGAUGCAAUUUACAACUAUGGACCUCGUGGCCGUGGACCGAGCUAUGCGUUUGAGAGCCCUAAGACAUCCAUUAAUGCGUUUCAUGACUAUGUCGCAUUGGUGUGCCCGCCCAAGGCCACUUCUGUGAAAGCCGAUCCACUGCGCCGAUAUGGGGUCACUCCUGCAGAGGAGAUUCUCGGCACUACUACGUUUACCCUUCUCGACACUGAUCUGAAGUUUAUCGCGCACACCGAGUCACUACUUUCGCCCAUGAAGCGCAUUUUCGUAGAAUGGGGGGAUCUUUUUCUACUGACGACGGAGGGCAAGCUUUACCGAUAUCGCGAGAAAAACCUUCAGCAACGACUUGAGAUUCUUUACGAGCGCAAUCUUUACAUUUUGGCCAUCAAUCUUGCCCAGAAGAUUGGGAUUGAUCCUUUGCAACAAAACGCUAUCUAUCGACGAUAUGGGGACUUCUUGUACCAACGGGGUGAUUACGACACGGCCAUGCAGCAGUACCUCCGGGCAAUUGAUAAUACUGAACCCUCACAGGUCAUUCGAAAAUACUUGGACACACAACGAAUUCAUAAUCUAAUUGAGUACCUUGAAGAGCUCCAUGACCAUGGCCGUGCAACCGUCGAUCACACCACACUUCUCUUGAACUGCUACGCGAAGCUCAAAGAUACGACGAAGCUGGACUCGUUCAUCAAAGCUCCUGGUGAGCUCAAGUUUGAUCUCGAGACGGCUAUUGCUAUGUGUCGCCAGGGCGGUUACUUUGAACAAGCGGCCUUCUUGGCCACAAAACAUGGCGAGAACGACAUGGUCGUGGAUAUCUUGAUCGAGGAUUCAAAGAAGUAUGCCGAGGCGGUUGAGUACAUUUGGCGACUGAGCCCGGAGGGAGCCUACCAUAAUCUCAUGAAAUAUGCACGUGUUCUUUUGAAUCAUUGUUCUGCAGAGACCACAGAGCUGUUCAAGGCGUACUACACAGGCCAGUAUCGACCGCGAACCACCGUGGAAGCCCCUCCAGCACCCCAAGCACAGCCCACUAGCACACUCCAAAGCCUGGCUUCUUUGCUUCCGCUUCGUUAUGUGACGGGGCCAUCGAGCUCGCAGGCUGCGGUGGAGACAAGCCCGGCUGAGGAAGAACCAGCACCAAAGCUGCCCCCACGAUAUGAGAUCCCAAAGCCGCGGACGGCGUUCUCAGCAUUUGUAGAUCACCCGCACAAUUUCAUCGAUUUCCUAGAGACUCUUGCGCAGGAGCCGGGACUCUCAAAAGAGGCCCAGGUGGACCUCUUCACGACGUUGUUUGAGAUGUAUCUCGAUGCUGCCAAAUCAACAAAGGACUCGACCCAACGGCAAAAAUGGGAAGACAAGGCGAAAAAGCUGAUCGAAGACAAAGAGACUCCCAUUUCCACCUCAAACGUUCUUCUACUCUCGGAUCUCUCAAGCUUCAAAGAAGGCUCAACGCUUGUCCGUGAACAAGAGGGCUUGCGACUUGACAUUUUCCGCUCAUUCACCUCCGCCAAGGAUACGCAAGGUGCCAUUCAAGCGCUGCACCGAUAUGGGCCCGAUGAACCACAGCUGUACAUCGAUGCCCUGACGUACUUUGCUUCGAGCCCGCAGAUCCUCGAAGAAGCUGGCGACGAGCUGGACAAUGUCUUGCAGCGUAUUCAAGACGAUGGGCUGCUCUCUCCGCUCCAGGUGAUUCAAGCCGUCAGCAACAAUGCGGUGAUUACAAUGCGACGACUGAAGAAGUACCUCGGCGACAAUAUCGCAAGUGAAGACAAGCAAAUCAAAACGAAUCAACGCUUGAUCUCCAGCUACAAGACCGAAACAGCCGCCAAAAAACAAGAACUCGACAACCUGGCUACCCAGCCCGUCGUCUUCCAAUCCCGUCGCUGCCAGUCCUGCGGUGGAACCCUCGAUCUUCCCACGAUCCACUUCCUCUGCCGUCACUCUUUCCACGAGCGCUGCCUCAACCGCGUCGACGAGGACGCCCAGUGUCCCGUCUGUGCACCGACCAACGCCACGCUGCGGGCGAUUCGUCAGCGCCAGAUCGAUUCCGCAGAUCAACAUGACUUGUUCAAGGCGGAGCUGUCAAGGUCGAAAGAUCGAUUUGGUGUUGUGAGUGAGUUCUUUGGGAGAGGGGUGAUGAGAGCGUCGAGUACGAUGGAUGGGUGA